AGGUCUAGGAGUCCCCCACAUGUCUCUCCCCAUCACAACGAUAAUACCGCUCUCAUAACAAACCAUUCAUUGUCACGCCUCUUUUUUCCUUUUUCUCAUAUAUAACCCAUCCAAUGCCAUUCAUUGAACACAAGCCAUCAAUCCCACCUACACACACUCCCACUCGCAAAGAAGCCAUAGGCACGACAAAGCCUUCAUAUUCCGAUCGGAACCAUCAGAACGUCGUCUUGUCGACUUCUGUAUAAGAAGAGUGAUCAAUCACACGACAACGACGCUAUCGAUAUGGCAACGGGUGCAGCUGGAGGCGCCAUGUUCGAAGGCUGCAUUUCGGGGGCCGACAUGGGCAUCCAACGACGCCCCUACCACAAGAACUGCAAGUGCGCCUUGCACAAGGCCCGCGGACGCUGCCCCCACUCGCCCCGCAACAACAACGUAUCUUACCCUAUCCGGAGGUCGUGGAGCGAGGGUUGCCUGGCGUUGAUGAGCCCGACGUCCACGACGGGCUCCACCUCGCCCUGCCCCUCCUCCCCCACCGUCGCGGCCGCCCCGGAGCUGACCAGGGCCCAAACGCAGCUGGUUUUGUGGAAAGAGGAGGAUGAAGAGGGCGAGGAGGGUCCAUAUUUUAAUAAGGUUUAAUUUCUUUUUUUUUUUUUUUGUUUCAUUUGAAUUUCAUGGGAAUUUGAUCAAGUUUUUAGUUCUUUCUUUGUUUUUUCUUUUUGGGGUUUCUUGUCAUGAUUUUUAGGGCGAUAGAGAUUAAUUUUGGGGGACCAAAAUUAAUGUUGUGGUUGGUUUUUGAUGCAUGGAUGGGGACGAGAAAUGUGACAAUCUGAACUUGUAAUCCCGAUCAGUGUUGUGCCUGUCCAUGUAUUUUCCUGUCCUUUUCUUUUACGUUUUUAACACUAUAUAAACAUUGGUAUAAUACAACCCUCUUUCACCCCCAAGAAAAAAACACGUUUUCUGUUUCUCGCUCUCAGAGUUGUUGUACGUGAUUGAUUAAUUCUAUUGAUUUAUUACUGAAUUGGACGAAGUGAUUAAUUAAUGGAUUGCCCAUUUUUCUGGUA